AUGGCGGACGCACGUUGUGAUAAUCACCGGAACAUGACCAUUUCAGUUGCACUGCUAGCUGUUACAUUAUGCAUUGUGUUUUUGGCAUAUUAUGCUUUCUCCGAAAACCACAUUGACUCUUCCGAAUCGACCGUAAUAUUUGCAACAGUCGUUUUUCGGCAUGGAGAACGAUCGCCCACUGGACUAUAUCCAAAUGACCCACAUCAUGAUGAUUUUAAAUGGAUUGGCGGUUUCGGUGCCCUGACAUUGAGAGGGGCGUUACAGGGUUUCAAGCUUGGAGAGAAAGUUCGAAAAAGGUACACGCAUCUGUUGCCAUCAAAUGGAUUUUACACAACAAAUGAAAUGUACGUGUCGAGCUCUUCAACUGAAAGGUGUUUGAUGACCGCUCAAAGUUUUCUAGCCGCGCUCCUUCCGCCACCGAACAAUGGCCAAAAUCUUUUACCUAUCAAAUGGCAACCGGUUGCUAUAAAUUCGGUACCACGAGACAGAGAUAAACUCAUUUCUCAAAAAGCCAACUGCCCGAAGUAUGACGACCUUUUAGCUAAAAUGUAUUCAGACCCACCCGAAGAGCUGAGAAAGUUUCUUCAAGACAAUACGGAAUUAUUUGAAUACAUCAGCAAACACACGGGAGCGAAUAUUUCGAAUGUUCAUCAAGGAGAACAGUUAUACAAUAUAUUGUCAAUAGAAAAGAAAAAUGGCUUGAAGUUGCCCAAAUGGACGGAAUCCGUAUUUCCAGAUAAAUUAUUAGCUCUGGCCGAACGUAAUCUAGCCGUGCUUACCGAAACAGAUUACAUGAAACAAAUUAAGGGAGGCUUCUUUGUCACCGAUGUCCUCGAUAAAAUGGUUAGAAAAAAGAACAAUCAGCUGGAGCCAGAUAGAAAGCUCUUCAUUUACUCUGGACAUGAUGUCACUUUGGUCAAUGUAAUGCGUGCACUUGAUAUCAUUCCGCAAACUACGAGGAAACCGGAUUUUGCAGCUGCUUUAUAUUUCGAACUACACCAGAACCCUCUCAUCGUUGGCGAUUUAGAAGUUAAGAUUUUCUACAGCUUCAAUCAUGAAAGUGAGUUGAAACGAAUUGAUAUACCCAACUGUGAUUCGCCUUGCUCAUUAGAAACGUUCAGCAACGUAUUGCAGCCAAUCAUCGUUCAUGAUUACGAAGAAAUGUGCAAAUUAUGAAUAAUUUCAUGUUCGUCAAUCGCAACAACUUUUAAAAUUUUAUUUAAACCACUUGUCCGAAAUAAAAUUUAGCUUUUACAACUUUCCAAACAA